GCAUCCUUGUCCCGAAAGAUUCAAUCACGAAGUGUAAAAGUCUUUCCCUUUUUAAUAAGAGGACUGUGAAAAGUAGCAAGACGCAUAGCACAAAACCUUCUAGCAGUGACGAGUUAUAGGUAAUCUUUAAUCGCCACAUAUUGAACCAAUUUCUGAGAUAUGUAAUAUACAUAUAGUACACUAUUUCUACGAAUGUACAUAUAGUACACUAUCAAUCAUUAAAGCAAAUGUCUCGAUUCGAAACACAGCCGAUAAUUAGGCAGGUAUCGAUGAAUCGUGUUUAACCUACCGCGAUGAACGGAAAUCUAUAUUCUUUGGUGAAAGUAAAACCACGAGAACCUCGCGAUCUUUCUGUCGAAUAAGUGAUUACUCGACUCGCAUUCAGUAGCAUAAGUAGCUGCAAUCGUAGGCAGGAAGGGUCUUGAAGACGAACGCGAUUCAUAUGUACGCGGUUUACGAAUGCGUGAAGAAUAGUGGGGCGCAGUGAUGCGCGGAGCGGCCACUCCGCAGCGCUCCCCUUUCAUUAGGAUUUCAGAAUAUGCAUAAAAGCUUGUCUCUCUCAGCUAGCACAGUAGAUCCUCUUACGUAUCCUGCGCACCGCGUAUCGAAUCGUAUUCUUUUUGAUUAAAAAUGUAGAAAUUAUGAAGAGAUUAAGUCGAGCUCCUGAUCGUUCCUGUAGUUCUAUUACAGGGGGUCCCCAAGAACUGGCCUACCCCACGAUCCACCAGCAAACACGUCAUUUCUCGGGACCGAGAAACGCCGAGAUUUUCUCACUGUGUUUGGUCGUCCUUUGCUGCUCGCUACUUUACAGAAAAACUUGCGAUUAUCGAGAUAUAUGAUUUAUAUAAAUAAUGCAGUAACGUGUCUGGUUUUCAUCAAAGACCUUGCGUGGUCGCCUUAAUCCAGCCAUUAUAUUGUCGCAUAUCAAAUAACGACGAAUACGGUAAUACUGUUUGCGCGUAGACAAAGGUGCGGAUAACUACUUACAGAGUCAUCCGUGUUAGAUGACAUCUAUCUUACGAAACGAACAUGUAGCAGAGGUCCCAGCAAAGUGUCUUCCAUGUCCGUGGAGUCCAAUUCCAAUAUCCACUAUAUCACACCAUUGAACACUAGUAUAACGUUCACCGCACUCGAAGACACUGUUCCACUGUUACAAACAACCUUCUCCGCAAAUUGGCGAAGAAGGGUCUCGAACAAAACAAAACCAGUUUCACUAUUAACUGUAAAAGGCGGGCUAUAGAUACAUUCACGCUAUGUAUUCCAUUUCUGAUGCCAGAAAGUAUGUUCUAGAGAAAAUGCUUCAAAGUCCUUUUGCCAAAAAGGCAAAGCCCCCCCAACUCCGUGGCCAGAACCUUCGAGACCUCUUUAUUCUUUUAAGGAAUACAUAAACAACCUCGUCAUAAAUGAACAUGCCUGCAAUACUUAAAUUAAGUUACGCGUUCAGGUCAUCAUCCUGUGUAAAGACCACCCGUGGAAGUGCCUGGCUUUCGUCAAGAGUCUACUCGACCAUCCUGACCCUACCAUAAAACUGGCAAUACCAAAUAGCGACCAAUAACUACCAUCAAGAGGUUCCUAAAAGACAUACAUCUUUUUGUCACGACGAAAAGUUAACGUAGCUCCACUGGUGAAAAACUCGACGGAUGUACAGGUUAUUUUAAUGAAUGAAAGAGUACAAUUGUUUCAUUCAAAAGACGAUGAGGAUGUGUGCGUAGGAAAGUUGUGGCUUCCGGCGAUGCACCUAUCAUCAGCGUUUCUCGCGUUCCUGGUAUCCUGCUCGUGUGGAGUUCAUUGGUACGUUUCCACGGUGCUCCGUACUGUAGCACCCAAUGCAACCAAAUCCGAAUGACCUAGAAACUCAUUAUCCGCCUUUCCUGUGUCAUUAUAACCUCUACGACGAUCAUGCUCUCCGAGUGAACGGUCGACUCUAGUCGAUCGACAAAAGUGUUUUGCGGUAGUAACACCCGUACUAUCUCGCACGAAACGACUAAUAAACGAUAACGGAACAAACCAUGCGGCAAACAAAAAAAUACCUCGCCCGCAAUAGCAGAAGUAGCUUCCAAAAUUGUCAUUGAAAACAGAAAGCAGAUACUAGAAGGGAAUACACCAUAAAAAAAAGAGAGAACGAAUUUGAGAAUAAAUCGUGACGACGUCGAACGAACAGACUAACGACAACAAAAUACCGUUAGACAAGAUAAACAUUAGAACAGAUGCAACCCUGGGGAUGGAUAUUGAAGUAGGAGCGAUAGGAAUAAAUAAUACAAAAGAUACUUUCAUAGAAAUAUAACAAUUAGACAAAAGACAGUUUCAAACUCACAAAUGCCAAUCCAGAGACAUUGAACACUGGAUAAUUAUCACAGUAUACAAGAAGAAAAACAAGUGUUAAUCUUUGCAGACUCUCUAUCAUCCAUAGCUGCCAUAAAGAAAUAUACUACACUGCCAAAAGCUUAAAAAAACUAAAACCCAUGCAUAAUAAGAAUAAUCCAAAAGAUAUUAGGAAUAAAUAGAAAAUCUGAACUUGUAUUAGGUUGGAUACCCAGCUACGUAGAUAUUCCAAACAACGUAAGAACCUAUAAGACAGCCAAAAGACAGAUAGAAUCAAUACAUAAAAACCCCAAUAACAGAACUGAAUAUUAAAUUAAAACAACAACAGAAUAGAUUCAAAGUAGAAGUAAAGGCAAUAGGAUAAAGCAAAGAAAAACAAAACUUCUGCACACUGUGGCACGACUCUGCCAAAAAAAUGUACAAAUCAUGGUACGAGAAAUUUAAAAACUUAGAUAGGGGGACCAUUAUAUUAAUUUCAAGCUUCAGAAAAACACACAGACCCUUCUGCAUAGUGAAUAUAAGAAAUUUUAAAUGCUGUUACAUAUAUGUUAAAACUUAUAUUAUAAUCCGUACUUUUUGGUACAAAAAAUUGUGAUCAAAACAUAUAUAAACACGUUUAAUACACGUCUGUACCAAAUACAAUCUAUGUAAAUUAGCACUCAAAAAAUAAACGAAUUUGAACUUGUACUAUUUCGCGCAAAAACUCGACAACCACGAGGCAGUGAACACGCGUCCCACAAGGGUUAGAUUGAAGUUACAUUUUGCAGUAAAGAAGAGAUAACAAACGCAGAAAAAGUGAAUUGGAUUAAGUCAAAAGAUAAAGGAAAAGAAAAGGAAAACAUUGCAACAAAUAAAAUAUUAAUAAAGUAGCGUACAAACCUAUACAAACGUAAAUUAAGCUUAGCUUCCAUCCAUGGUCGAGAGAAACGCCGCGAAAAUGAUGACAAGCAAAUGAAGAGUCGUCUACUACCAAUCGGCCAAUAGGGUUGUCCAAAAAGGAUCAAGCAAGGACCUCUGUGUGACGACAUUGGUAACAAAAAAAUAAGAAAGAUGCUGAACAUGAAAGACAUACUCGCAACACUCUACUUUAAUCUAAAGAUAUUUACAAUUUCUUCUAAAAAAAGUACUCAAGCAUAUAUAGAUUUAUUUUUAUCCAUAUAAUAUCCUUUCUUUUCUUCUGAGAGUUAGUGGAUUUCAGUUUGAGAAACGCUGGUCUAUAGCAAUGCGUGCGCGUUGCGUAUGUAUGUAUGUGUGUCGUGUAGGAAGAUACGUAUUAAUCUCAAUUAUCAUUUCAUUUUUAUUAUAAUGCAUUCUAUCUUGAGGGGUUCUAUUUUUAUACCGGCGGAGGAGCAACUGAUCUCUCUGCCAUCUGUGAACCAACAAGAAAAUUCUUAACGCGAGGUGUCUUGUGCCUUGUGCGCGACCUCGACUCCGGAUUUGUGUGUCUAGAAGAAAUGGACGGUUGUAUCUACGAUGUCCAGUGGAAAAGAUAGCUGUAUAACUUCUGUGUUCGCCAAAGUUUCCAAGAGUCAAUUAAAUAGAAGUUAAGAAGAAUAUCAGUUGCAUUUGGUACAAAACAAUCGUACAAUAUGCUGUCUAACUGUGGUGAUACAAUUGACGUUGCUGCUUCUUCACAAUUGACAAUCAUAGAUGGUAUCUCUAGUACCGACAGCAUUGGCACCCAUAGUGACAUGUCAGGGCAUACUAUGAUUUCUGCAAGACCUAAAAUGGAUGUGGCAUGUGUCUUAGACUUGCAGCAACCAGAACAUUUAGUUCAAAGGAGAAAAGCUUUGGAAGAAGUCAGACAAGCGUGCAAUCUAGUUAAUGCUAAUAUGCAUCAUAUACAGUUUGAAAAGCUGGAUUUUGGUGAAACAAAUGUUCUUGAUACAUUUUAUAAUGCUGAUGUAGCUGUCGUUGACUUGAGCAUUCAACUACAGCAGUCUGCAUUGUUUUAUCACCUUGGUGUUAGAGAAAGUUUUGGCAUGAAAGAAAACAUCUUAUUACAUAAUGAUGUAGACACUGAAGCAACAAUUAGGCUCAAGUUAUCAUGUGGCAGCUAUACAUUUGUUUCAUAUCGGGUAGUAGACUGUGGUUCAUGUGUAGCUACAAAUCCAGCUACUAGCAGACUGACGGGGGAGGAAGUAAUAGAUCCUAAACAGCAUCUUACAUUAAAGCUAAAAAAAUUAUUUCAAGAUGUUGAAGUACAAUCCAAAGCACACAUGAAAGAAAAGUUCCUAGCAGAUUUGCGUAAAGCACGCGAAACAUAUUCGGGCGAAGAACUCUCGAAAGCUUUGAACAAUAUGCGUAAACGCUUGGACGACCCGAACGUAUUGUCUGGAGAGGUUGUUUUGAAUGUUCUCAUCUCGUUCCGCGAAAUACAGGAUUAUGAUGCAAUGGUACAAUUGGUCGACGAUCUGAGAACGAUACCAACUCACAAAAAUUACAUUAACACUCCCGCCAUUCGAUACCUGUAUGCAUUUGCUUUGAAUAGACGAAACAAAGAGGGUGACAGAGAAAGGGCAUUGAAAGUUAUAGAAAAGGCCUUGGAAAAGAAGGAAAAUCACGUGCCUGAUAUGUUAUGUUUGUGUGGAAGGAUAUACAAAGACAAAUUUGUAGAAAGUAGACAUACAGACAAAGAAAGCUUAAAGAACGCGAUCCGUUGGUAUAGAAAAGGCUUCGAGGUUCAACCAAAUGAAUAUGCUGGUAUCAAUCUUGCCACGUUACUAGUUAUAGAAGGAAAUGAGUUCUCAAGAAGCGAGGAGCUGCAACAUAUUGGUAUGGUGUUAAAUAAUCUCAUUGGCAAGAAGGGUAGCUUGUCGAGUUUAAAGGACUAUUGGGAUGUGGCUACGUUCUUCGAAAUCAGCGUACUGGCCGAGGAUUAUUCGAAAGCUAUACAAGCCGCGGAGUGUAUGUUCAAAUUGAAGCCGCCAAACUGGUACCUGAAAUCUACAAUAGGAAACAUAUCGCUGAUAAAUAGGUUUCGUAAAAAGAACGAAGAAGCCGAGGUUUCACCAGAGGAGCAAAUUUUUAGUUUUUGGAUGGACUACUUUGUUGAAGCCACGAAUUCGGAAGUCGGAGAUAGUAUACGGUUUCCACUCUUAGUGCUGGAGCCAACGAAGAUCUUCAUGCCGAGUUAUGUAAACGUUAACCUUGGAGCAGAAGAAAAAUCGGUCCAAAUAUGGAAUUUAUGUUUGGACAAUAUGAAGAGUAAUUGCAAACAAGUCCACGAUUGGUUAUUCACCGCGAAUAUGAUACGCAGCGUAAGCCUAUACAAAAGGGACGAGCGCUGUCUUUUCUUAUACGUUCAUCAGAACUCCGAUGAUUUCCAAAUGUAUUUUCCAUCCGUUCAAUGCAGACAAAGGUUUUACGAUUUAAUCUUGGAGAUGACUAGAGACCAAGAGGGCAUGGUUGCUGACCUGGAUGCUUACCUGACCGACGAUAGAAUGAAGUUUGAGUAUGAAUUAGACGAUCAGAAUAAGCGAAUAAUAUUGGGAAAAGGUACUUAUGGAGUUGUGUACGCUGCUCGAGAUUUAAACACUCAGGUUAGAAUCGCAGUUAAAGAGAUUCGCGAACGGAAUCUGGGAGACGUGCAACCUUUACACGAAGAAAUUAAGUUACAUAGUCAGCUAAGACACAGAAAUAUCGUACAAUACCUUGGUUCAGUCAGCGAAGAUGGAUACUUUAAAAUAUUUAUGGAGCAAGUUCCUGGAGGAAGUCUAUCAGCUUUACUAAGGUCCAAGUGGGGUCCCCUGAAAGAAAACGAAUCUACGAUUGCCUAUUACACCAAACAAAUUUUAGAGGGUCUCAAGUAUCUUCAUGAUCAAAAAAUUGUUCAUCGAGAUAUUAAAGGCGAUAAUGUUUUAGUAAACACAUACAGCGGCGUAGUAAAGAUAUCAGACUUUGGUAUGUCAAAACGUUUGGCUGGUUUAUGCCCGAGUACGGAAACGUUUACUGGAACAUUGCAAUAUAUGGCCCCCGAAGUAAUCGACAAGGGUCAACGUGGAUAUGGCGCUCCCGCAGAUAUUUGGUCUUUGGGCUGUACGAUAGUUGAGAUGGCAACUGGUAAACCACCGUUUAUUGAAUUGGGUUCGCCUCAAGCAGCGGUUUUCAAGGUUGGAUACUACAAAAUACAUCCUGAAAUACCAUCGGAACUGUCCGAAAGGGCGAAGAGUUUUAUAUUGCGUUGCUUCGAACCGAAUCCCGACAUCCGAGCUAGCGCAGCCGAAUUAUUAGAAGAUCCAUUUUUAAAUGAAAAAAAGAAAACCAGUCGACUGGCGGCGCCACCAGAUUUCAGUCGAAGCAUUUCAGUACCUGCCGAUAGACUCGAACGUUUAGGAAAAUCGGAUAAAACAAAUAAUAACCAUAUCGUCUCCGCUGCCCCUAUUCAAACUUCGCAAUCAGACGAUAGUGGAGGGUUGACAAAGUCAAGCCCGCUAAGGGAGCGCAGUCCAGCACACCUUCUGUCUCCCAUCAGCAUGCCCACUGCAACCCUUUCUUUUAACAGUACAAUAGGGAACACGCCAUCUAUAGAGACAAGCGAAUCCGACACAGCUGGAGCGUCAAUGACCCGAAGAAGUUCCUCGGGCGGAUUGUUAUCGCCAGAAGUUGAACUAGGAGGUCAACCGGGUCAGAAAGCUGGCGAAGAACAGGAAGGCUUUUAUUUACUGAAGAAAGACAGUCAAAGGAGAAUGACGCUUACCAGAGUUCUCACACAGGACGAGGCAAAGAUCUGUGAAGUAUGGAUGCGUGGUAUAUAUCAAGCAGAAGGCCAAACUGUUCUUCAAAUGACUCAUUUAGUGCUGUUGAUGCGUGCUUUAAAGGAUUAUAUUGCGGAACAAAAUCACGAAGUAAUCGUAACAGCAAUUCGAACGUUAAAGGAAGAGUUAGAUUUCGAUUCCACAGCUAUCAAUCAUCUAAAUCUAGCUAUUUACCUGUUCCAAACCGCGGUGAAUGAAGUUCUACGAAUGCACAGCAUAAAGCCCCACUGGAUGUUUGCGCUGGAUAACUUGGUCAGAAACGCAGUUCAAGCUGCCAUCACUGUGCUCUCUCCCGAACUCGGUGCUAAUUUACUUGGUCAAGAACGUUUACAACCCGGUGGUGCGGGUCAAGAAGAAGGAUCUACGUCAGGUGUGUCGACCGUGAAUUCCGUAAAAUCGCAAAAGACUGGCGAUUCCGUCGAUAACAAAUGCUGGAAGGAAUACCGAGAUCAAAUGGGAGAUUUGAAAAUGGAGAACAUGAGAUUGCUACAAGAAUUAAUCGAGAGUCAAAAGGCGUAUCAGACCUUAUUGCAGCAAGCUCUCGAAAAGCAACGAGAUCAGGUUAAUACUUUGACCAUGCUUUGCGAGUGCAUCAACAGAAGAACUAUGAGGCAGGAAUCGGGAUACAACUCUUCUAUAUCUGGAAACGCAUCCAAUCUGCCAGUAACUGUGAUUGUUAGCGAAGCGCAAUCGGAUAUAGCUUCGUGUACGGAUCAGGAUCUCGUCAAUUGGCUGCAAAAUCUACAAGUAGACGACGUAUCUAUAGACAGAUUCAUGUAUGAGCAGUACACGCUAGAGGAUAUAUUGCAUCACGUUACACGUGACGAUAUUCGUAGACUUAAUCUUAGAGGCGGGAUCGAACUGAGGAUAUGGCAAGCUAUAUUAAAGCACCGACAAAACAUUGGCGAUUAAAUCAAGAAGAGAUAAGUGUCAUUGAGUACAACGCUCAGUUGCUUGCAACAUUGGAAUUGGUAAACUUCAUGCAGGGUAAAAUAUUUGUUCGAAUCCGUGGCUGUCACAGAAUACCAGUGGCUAACGAGCAAAGUUAGUAGAUAACUAAUAAUAAACAAAAUGCUUGUGUUGUUUAUUGAAAUACUUUACGCGAAUCUAUCAUCUUCGCUAAGAGUUUUAAAUGCACAAUGAUAUUAUUAGUUUAUCUUGUAGUUCCUAAACAUAGAGUAUUUAAUAGUUACGAGACAAGUGUGUACAUACGACGAAUUUUGCAUAUACUGAUUUGUUUUUAAUGAUACUUGUUACAGUUAAAGUUUACACAAUCUCUUGGGAAUAUAUAUAUAUGUAACAACCUUGUUAUAUAGAAAUUAGUAUCGAUGCAUCGAAUGAUUUUAUAUGCCAUAGUCGAUCGUAUGCGAAAUUUGUAUAUUUUGAAAUUGUCGAUUUCAUUUGACUCAAUUCAAAAUAUUUUUUUAUUUCAAAUAUUAAUCUUGCCAAGCUGAAGAAAUCUAUAUCGCAAUUCCAAGGAACAUGAUGAUUGUUUAUGUAAGAAAUUUGGAGUUCUAUCAACGCUACUGCCAGAUGGCUGAUAUUACCGGAGAAGUAUGUGUACACGUAUAAAGUUGCCUUAUAGUGUCGUGUUCCAAGAUAAGUGAAUAAAUGCAAAGGAAUUACGGUUGCCAAACUAAGAUACCUGUAAACGGCUGCUUGUGCACGCGACGCGUUUAUUGCAUAUUUGCGUCCAUAUAAUUCUUGCGAGUUCGGUUAAAUUGUAAAAAGUGGAAUCGUAAGUUUCUAUUGAUUGAUCUUGCACAAAGAUAUUUUUUGAAAGAGAUAAGCAGAGAAUUGUGGUGCCUUACAAACAGUGUAAUAGUACAAGAAAAGAUAAUUAUUACGUGCAAAUAAUAAUAACGUUUUGUUGUUGUAUUUCUAUAUUUCUGAAGAUUUAUUCAAGUUUUCUUAGACACAUAUGAGAACUUUAUUAGACGAAUAGUUCUCACGUGUCUUAGCUAUGUAUAUAAGUGCCUGUUAUAGUUUGUAAUAAGAGUUUGCUAUUAACUGUGCGCUUGAAGUCUACCACACGUAUGUUUCACUGAUUUUUGUAGACAUAAAUUUUACUAUGACGACAAGUUUCAUGUUUUCUUGUACGAUUUCAUGCGGGGAAUUUAUACUUCCUUUAUACACUGUAUAAAAUAACAACGAACUGUGUUCCCUCAUGUCUCCGAUAUCACUUUCAUCGUAAUGAUACAUCAUGAUCGUGCGAGUCAAUUUCAAGUGCCUAAUCGGGUCAGCGACAUGGAAUAAAUCCCAUUGUACGUUAAAGCAUAUAGUUCUAGGGACUGAGCUCAAACGCUGUUAAAAAUAAUUAGUGGGUCGUCUAGUUAAAUGCUUCUAUCGUUACAUACUUUGUACAUCCGAUAAAAAUUGCUAAGGUUACAUACACAGACCAAUUUCAUUCCGCACAAUUGUCCACGAACGUGAUUCAAUAAUUAUUUUUAACAGCGUAUUUCUAUACUUUGUAGAGGCUCAGUUACAAGUAAUCGAGGAAAGAUUGUCUAUCGAGAUAUUCUAAUUGCCUUCAAGUAAUUGUGUUCGAAUGACAAGCAACAUUAAUCAUAUUCAGCGCAAAUAUAUUCUACUAAUAAUUAAGACGUUCUACAUUGCUGUUUCCAUUCUCUGUAUUUGUAAGAUUAAUUACACUUGUUACACAAGCUGAAAUUUCUAUUAAAGAUUCUUGCGUACA